AUGUAUGUUUUUUUCUGUCCGUCUACAAAAGAAGAAUUAAAAAAAUUAGCUGUAUUUUAUGAAGAAGAUUUAAAUGGUAAUAAUUCAAUAAUAGAAGAGUUCCAACUGUGGCAAAGGAAACUAAAAAAAUUGGAAAUAAAACCAAAAAAUUCAAUUGAUGCAAUGAAGUUAUGUAAUGCAGACAUAUAUCCAGGAGUUAAUAAGUUAUUUCAAAUUUUGUCUACACUUCCUAUAUCUCCGGCUUCAAACGAACGGACUUUUUCAUCACUAAAAAGAAUUAAAACAUAUCUACGAAAUACUGCAAUAUCUGAGAAAAGACUUAACGGAUUGGCCAUGUUAAAUAUUCACAGGGAAGUUGAAAUCACUGUUGAUGAAGUGAUAGCGGAGUUGGCAAAAAAAUCGAGACGACUGGAAUUUAUUUUAUAACAAUACUUAUCAGUUAUCAUAUUAUGUAGUGCUAAAUACAAUAUAUAUAUAUAAUAUUAUAUAAGACUAUACUAUUAUUAAUAUAUAUUUUGUUCAACUUCCUCCAAAAAAUUCAUAAGGACGUAACUAUUACAAGAUAUCAUAGUUUAUAUUAAUUAUGUAUAAACUG